AUGGCUGAACCCGACACGAGCGUUUCGUUCUUUAUCCAGCAUUAUGCCGUCAUGGGCCGUGACAUGCGAUCAGCCCGCGGGUUCUUUGAACUGCUGGUCCCAGUCUACUCCUCUCAGCCACUAAAAUCCGCGCUCUCAUUGGCGGUCUCGGCCCUGGCUUCGGAGAUCAUGUCUCUCUGGUGUCACAGUCGUAGCUUCGAAGGACCACAAGAGGUUUAUUCUGAGGCCCUCAGGUGUCUUCGCCGUUCAAUACAAGAUCCCAAUGAGCGGGGGCGACCAGCAACCGUGUUAGCCGUGAUAUCGCUACAAUUUUAUGAGAAUGUCGCUGCUGUGUACGGCCGUCGCCCAGCCUCGAGGGUCCACCACGACGGCGCCGUCUCUUUGCUCCCGUUCGCGGCUUCGGACCGCACCAACAAGUUCGUGAGUGGAUAUCUUCGAAAGUAUAUUUUUCAUAGCGAGAUGUCAUCGUCCAUGCGCCAGAAUAGGCCCUUGCAAAAAAUUGUACGCUCGUCUUUUACUCGGAGCAAAGAUCCGACUGCUGAGCCAGAUAACCCCAGCUUUGCGCUUGAUGCUCUAGGUGCAUCUGUCGCCGAGCUACAAGCUAGCUAUUUCCAGCGAGAAACGCCCGGCGAUCCCAUGCUUUCAGAACAGCAUAACCACAGAGACUGGAGGGCCGAGGCACGGAAUAUUGACGAACAGCUCCUCGCCUGGGCUCGAAAUGUCCCAGAAUAUUGGAGGCCCAAGAAACUCAUAAGCGGAAAAGACAUCGAACCACUGAUUCCCACCUAUCUGUCUGUCUGCGAGGUCUAUCCUUCCUGCCAAAUUGGAACAAUUUGGAACCUAUGGCGCGUGCAGCGCCUCUUACUCAUCAAGAUCAUCAUCAGCUCCGACAUAUUCUCUGCGAGUGAUGAUGAUUUCGUCAAAUACAAACAGACUCUUCAAGGAUUAGUCGACUCGGUGUGCCACAGCGUGCCUUUUUAUCUUGGCAACCAAGCCGGACCAUUGAGCCUUGGAGACUUCACCGAUCCGACCUUUUUUCUCCCUAGUGAUUUGCUCCCUAGCGAUGAGAUUCCAGCAUCGGGGAAUGAAACAAGUUGGAAUGAGCAUAGGAGCCACAUUAUCGCCCAAGGGCCGUGGGCGAUAAUGUGGCCGCUCAGCCGUCUGUUGACAUUCUUUUUGGAAGACCACGGCCCUCUUAUGAGGACUUUUGUCAGACCUGGGCAGUAUGAGUGGAUUCGUGAACAGUUCCUGCGUGUCACUAUUUUGCUUCGGAUUCCGUUGGCGGAUACGGGCAAUGCCGAUGGAAAAUCGCACCAAUCCAGCUCGUCCUUUCAAGGAUCGGUAAACACCAGGGUUGAGAAUCUCGCAAAGAAGGUCAGAAAAAGCGCAGUGUUUACAAGUGGUCCAUAG